AUGACAAUGUCAGGCUUUUCGAAGAUGAGAGCAUUGACUACAAAGUUCAAUGAUGAUCCAGUGAGGGCAUCGAGACCAUUUGAUCGGUUACGUGACGGGUUCGUUUCAGAUAUGUCAUCAACAUUUUCUGAUCAACUAAAAUCUGUUCGUUUACGUAAAACAACACCCGCUGAUUUCGAAAACAAAGAACAGAAUUUAUUAUGUCCUGAUAGUGAAACAUAUCUCAAAUUAAUGUCCGAUACCUAUUUUGAUAAAUAUUACGAACAAAUAAAACCGUGGACAUUCCAAUCAAUAUCCAUUCCACUUUCUCUGGAAUAUACUCAAGCAUUACACGAUGGCCAUCAAUUAUUUUUGAAAUUACUGUCUGCUUCUUCUUCAUCUACUUGUAACAACAUUCAAUAUCCUCAACGUGAUCUAUAUGAUAAGCUAACAAAUGAAUGUUUUGAAAAAUAUGCUCCAUUAAGCAGAUUGUGUGAUGACAUUGAUCAAUUUAAAAGCAGUUUACGGAUGCCAAUGUUUGUACGUUUAUCAACACGAAGUCCAAAAGAUGCCGGACUCAUUUUGAAAGAACGAUUGAAAAUAUUGUAUCAACAAAUGAUGCCGUCAGCUACAACAGAUGAUAUGAAUCAAUGUUUAAUAGCAUUUGACGAAGCAUCGAUUCGCCUAUUGUGUGUUUCGGAUGGUUUCGACUGUGUCCAAUUAUUAUUGGCUAGUGAGAGAAUACAAGAUGAUUUCAAAUCCACAUCAUUAAAUCUUAUUCUAAGAUAUUUUGAACGUAAUCGUCGAUUAGAAAAUGAAUUUCGAGGUUUUAUCUAUCGACGCAAAUUAACAGCUCUAACACAAUAUAACGAAUCGAUUUAUUAUCCAAAUUUACUUAUAAAUAAAUCGAAAAUAUUAGAUUCAAUUAUAAAAUUUUUAAAUGAUCAACAGGUACUUGAACAAUUACCAUUGGAGAACUGUGUUUUAGAUUUUAUAUUACUUGAAUUGGAAGACGGUAAUUAUAAGGUGUAUAUAUGUGAAAUAAAUCCAUUAGCAGAAUUCGCUGGCACUGGUCUUUUCUCAUGGCUAACUGAUCGAAGUAUUCUACUGGGAAAAGAGCCGUUUGAAUUUCGAAUAAGAGAAAACGCUGACAAAGACUUAUGGAAAAAAAUUGAUAAGAAAUGGCUAAAUAUGUUAAAUGAGUUCAACAAAACUUGCUGUUGA